CUGCACAUUUGUGGCACCCCUGUACCUAGGUAAGGAAGGCAUCGUUCCUGAAUAUCAACACCAGCAUCUCGGUUGACGAUUCGGCUUCUAGAACAAUGCUAACUCGAGAAGCUCAAGUUGGUGUUGCUUCGUGUUCGAUGGCACACGAGGAAGCAUCGGGGAAAACAUUUCGAGAGAAAACAAUCGGUGCAGCCCAUGUGACUCCUGUUGAAUCUCACGCCUGGCCGUGGUUCGGGAACUGUCGGUGCAAGGGGAACAGGAGCAUACGGAGGUCGGAGAACGGACCCGGGGCCGGAGUUAGGGAUAAAUGUCGGAGGUUUCGGAGGCCCUUAUCGGAUCCAAUUUCACAACUCUCGGUGGUUUAGAGGCCGAAGCUACCGUGGACAGCCGGUAUUUAGAACUGAUGCCGAUCGAUAUCGAAAUUGAAGUCGAUGUCAUGAAGAGACGGGAAAGACUCGGGUCGAUAAGAGCUGCCGUUGAUAAGCGUAAUACGCUCCGUGUUAUCGCAUAUCGUACCCGCCUAAUUCCAAUCGCCAUGUCCGCCGACGACCAGAAGCAGAAACCCGCCGCCGAGGAUGGCUUCUGGCACAACGGCAGCUUCUUUGCCUGGGCGCCUCCAGUUACAAAACCUCCCCCGGCACGAAUCCCCAGCCGACUUGUGGUAGCGGCAAUUCUACAUGAUCCCACAAAAGAGACCACACAAAGCACAACUAAGGCUCCCGAGAAAGCCAUCGCCGCCGAGGUCCCCCGUCCUCGCCCAGCCACCGAAACCGUUGUUACCACUCCAGCUCCCAAUCAACAACCGCAACAAACAAACGAGCCAAAACCAGGCGCAAACACCUUCGUCUCUCACAAUGGUCACACAUUUGCUUGGGCGCCGCCCGUCACAAAACGUCAGCAAGACCGUGCGACCAGUUCCCAGCCAUCUCCAAGCAUUCAACCCACCCCCGAGCACAGCUUCUCGCACAAUGGCCAUUCGUAUGCGUGGGCAUCAUCCGUGACAACACGGCAGCCAGAGCACCAAAUGACCAGUACGAACGCUUUCUCCCACAAUGGUCACUCCUUUGCAUGGGCGUCAUCCGAGACAAAACGCCAGUCAGAUUCCACAACCAAAGCCCCGGUACAAGCCCCCAUGUCAUUGUCGACCCAAUUCGGGGAGGCACGGAGGACAAUGGAAGAACUCGGAGAACUCCUCGAACGCUCGCAAGCCCGCCUCGAACGCACAAAGGCCGGCAUACUAGAGUCCCUCGCCGGAUCCUCCCGAGCGGGAAUUGUUCAGCCAGAUCCGCUACCGCUCCCUCCGCCCCGGAACAGCCCCCCCAGACCUUUCAGAGACUUCCAGGAUGAACUUGCCGAGGCACGACGUCUAGCAGUAGCUAGCAUUACUCGAAAUCAACAACAUAUCAGAAACCGUAUUACCAAUGAGGAUCUUUACGACGAACUUCGCCACCUUCGUACCAUGACAAGCAGGCUCAUCGGCGAGCGCCUGCAUCCUCAACCUAACCCUCGGUGCCAUGUCGCCCAAGACCAGAUCGCCCAACAGACACCCGAGCCUCUCCCCAGCAAUGCCACCGCCGAGCCUCCCAAAGACCUUCCCAGCCGAUAUUCCUUCGCAAACAAGACCGAUAAGCCUCAAGGCGAAGUCCCCAGUCGAUAUUCUUUCACGGCCGAUCCUGUCGCGAAUUCGAAAUCGGUUGUCAAAGGUCAAGGGCACAGAGGCCAUUACCGUUUCAGCGUUCUCACCGAUAAGCUUGUUCGAUUCGAGUGGUCUGAAGAUGGCGGCUUCGAAGACCGUGCUUCCACAACGGCAUUCUUCAGGUCGUUCCCUACCCCCGAGUUCAAGGUCAACGACGAGAAAGACAAACUGGAGAUCUUCACACAAUACUUCCACCUGACUUACGACAAGAACGAGUUCUCGUCUGACGGUCUGACGGCCAAGGCUGGCAAUGAUGUGUGGCGCUACGACGGCAAGAGCUACGGCGAUCUGGGCGGCACAGCCAGAACUCUGGACCGGGCCGACGGGCGCAUUCCUCUCGAACCGGGUAUUUUGUCGCGCAAAGCAUACGCCGUGCUCGAUGACAGCGCCUCCAUGCUGUUCGAAGACGGUUGGAUCGCCACCAGGAAACCGGGCCGCAAGGAUGGCUAUCUCUUUGCCUACCACGGCGAUCACAAAGCUGCCAUCAAGGACUUCUACCGUCUGUCGGGCGGUCAGCCGUUGCUUCCUCGAUGGGCUCUCGGAAACUGGUGGUCCAGAUACCAUGCCUACUCGGACAAGGAAUACCUGGCGCUCAUGAAGAGGUUCGCAACCGAGAAAAUCCCGCUCAAUGUUGCCGUCAUCGACAUGGACUGGCACAAGGUCAACAUCCCUUCCAAGUACGGUUCCGGAUGGACAGGUUACAGCUGGAAUCCCGACUUGUUCCCGUUGCCAGAGAACUUCCUCAGUAAUCUCCAUGAUAUGGGCCUCAAGGUUACUGUCAAUGAUCAUCCGGCAGAUGGCAUCCGCGCCUUUGAGGACCAGUACAAGCUUGUGGCCAAGGCCCUGGGUCACGACGCAUCAAAGGAAGAACCGAUUCGCUUUGAUUGCACCGACAAGAAGUUUCUCGACGCCUACUUUGACGUGCUCAAGGCCAAUCUGGAGGAUGAGGGUAUUGACUUUUGGUGGAUUGACUGGCAACAGGGCAACCGAUCGCGCAUUCCCGGUGUUGACCCGCUGUGGGUGCUCAACCACUACCACUAUCUCACCAGCCGUCGCAACGUCAAGACCACUGCGACGCCCAUCACCUUCUCCCGAUAUGCUGGUGCUGGUUCUCAUCGCUAUCCUAUUGGCUUCUCUGGCGACACACUCAUCACCUGGGCUUCCUUGCACUUCCAGCCCGAGUUUACUGCGACAGCGUCUAACAUUGGCUAUGGCUGGUGGAGUCACGACAUCGGCGGCCACUACGCCGGUGUGCGCUCCAACGAGCUGACCGCGCGCUGGGUCCAAUUCGGUUGCUUCUCGCCCAUCCUGCGAUUGCACUCCGAGAAGAGUCAGUGGAACUCCAAGGAGCCAUGGCUGUACGAGCCCGAAGCCCGCAAGGUGAUGACCGACUACCUCCAACUUCGCUACCGUCUCAUCCCGUUCCUCUACACCAUGAACGUGCGCGCCUGCUACGAAUCCGAGCCCCUGAUGCAACCCAUGUAUUGGAACCACAAGGACGAAGAAGCAUACACAGUGCCCAACCAGUACUACUUUGGUCCCGACCUGAUCGUGGCACCGAUUACCACGCCAAACAAUUCGUCCACCCUCAUGGGCAGCGUUCGCGCCUGGCUUCCGGACACCGGCCGUCGGUACAUUGACAUUCGCCAUCCCAGUCUUGUCUACGAUGGAGGCCGCUACGUGGACGUCCACCGUCCUCUGUCGGAGAUCCCGGUCUUUGCCAGAGAGGGAACCAUUAUCCCGCUGGACACGGCUAAAUCUGCGGGUCGCCACAAACACGGCAGUACCCGGCCCCAAGCGAUCACCAUCCAACUUGUCGUCGGCGCAGACGCCUACUUUGAGCUGGUCGAGGAGCCAACCGGUGCCGUUCCAGUGGCCAUGGCCGACCGCCCUGACCCAUCCACCUUGGUCCGCACCCCGAUCCGGUGGAAUCAAAAGGAGGGCAUUCUCACCAUCGGGCCCGAGGUCAACGGACGAGGCGAGCGUCGGGAAUGGACGGUUGAGCUGGUGGGGUGCACCGAGGGAGUGAACAAGGACGUUGUUGAAGACGAUGACGAUGACGAUGACCUGCCCAUUGUCACUGGCAACCCAGCUUCCGAUCUACAGAACUUCAACCGAUUCCGUGAACGGCUGUUACGACUCCGUGAACGAUUCCGCAACGCUUCCCGCCCCAACCCCUCUUCGCUCUCCAGCCAUCGCAACCGCGAAUGCGAACAACCACACUCUUCGCACAUCACCACCGUCUUCCUGGGCACCCUCGCCUUCGGCGGCGCCAAGGCGGACAACAACACCAACAACUUGAACCAGGACAAGGGACGGGAGUUCAAGCUGGGGGAGAGGGAUCCCGAGCGGGUGGAGGUGGGAAGUGGAUUGAAAGAGGAGGAAGGGGAGGAGGCUGUGCCGAAGAACGACGACAAGGUCAGCGACGAGGAGUGGGAUGAAGAUGCUAGGAGCGAGCAGAGUUAUGAGUUUGUUUGA